AUGCACACUGACAACACAGCUUCUCGAAUAGAGACGCAUUGGUGUGAAUCCAUGUCAGAACCAUUUCCAGAGACUUUCAAGCCUGGAAAAUGGGACGUUCUUUGCUGUGGAGGUAAAGAGGCCGCCGACCAUGCUGGAAAUAGACGAUACCGAGUAUACAUUGCGAAAAACAUUGCAGCGUACAGUGAAGCAAAAUGCAGGUGGGAGAAGUCAAUGAUUGUUGACUCCAUAAUCGAGUUAGUGAGAAGAGGUAGCAAGAGCCACUGCGGUGGAUUCGUAAAGAAGGAUACAAGCUCCGACCGUUGGUAUCCAGUGGGAAACAAACCAGCCAGAGAGAAGGUUAGCCAUGCGCUGAGAGAUGCUAUCAAAGCCCAGCGCAAAAGAGAAGAAAGGAUGAGGCGACAUCUUGCAACGUUACUACAAAGAGCAAAAAGACUGCCUCAAGUGAUUCAAAGCGACUACACAAUGAGUGAAGCUACUUUGUUAUCAUCGUCGGCCCACCGGAACAAAGACCAAGGUGACGACUUUCCAGUUGGUGCAAUUGUUUCAGACGAUGAAGAUGACGACACCCUUUUCAGCCACGAAGGCGAAAUUGCAUUUUAUCAUGAUAAUAAUGAGUGGGAAAAGUCGCUUCAAGCCAGUACGGAGUCCUUUCUGAAAUCUGGUGAGUCAUCAGAAAUCUGCUUUGGAUUACCAAUCUACACUGGUUGA